ACGGCCAUUGGCCUAGCUCUGCCUCUGCGCUGCGGGCCGGGCCUUGAGGCGGUUUGUUGCUCCGUCGCCUCGUCAGCGACAGCGGAGCCUCGGACCGGGUCGCCUCCGGAGCGGGUCGCUGGGCUUCUCCCGCCAGAAGAGGACAGAGCAGUUUCUUAUAUGGAUACGUUUGGAAGUGAUGUUGAAGCUGGAAGAAAGCUGCUGUAACUUGAGUGAUGAUGAGUCGGUUGUCAGACGAUCCAGAAAAUGCCCGGAGCAGCAGUCUGGGGUCCUGUCCUUCUUUACGGGAUGUUCAUUCCAUCAAUCCUGCACAGCUAAUGGCAAGAAUUGAGGCUUAUGAAAACAGAGAGAAAAAAGGCAUAUCUGAUGUCCGAAGGACUUUCUGUUUGUUUGUCACCUUCGACCUCUUGUUUAUAACCUUGCUGUGGAUAAUAGAGUUAAAUGUAAAUGGUGGCAUUGAGGAAAAUUUAAAAAAAGAAGUCCUCCACUAUGACUAUCGUUCUUCCUAUUUUGAUAUCUUCUUGCUGGCGGUGUUUCGAUUUAAAUUUUUGAUACUCGCUUAUGCACUAUGCAGACUGCAACACUGGUGGGCCAUAGCGUUUACAACAGCAGUGACCAGUGCCUUCUUACUAGCAAAAGUUAUUCUCUCAAAGCUGUUCUCUCAAGGUGCUUUUGGCUAUGUGCUACCCAUCAUCUCUUUCAUCCUUGCCUGGAUAGAAACCUGGUUCUUGGAUUUCAAAGUAUUACCACAAGAAGCAGAAGAAGAAAACAGACUUCUGAUGGUGCAAGAUGCCUCUGAACGAGCCGCCCUUAUUCAGCCCGGCCUCCCCUCUGACGGGCAGUUUUAUUCACCACCGGAAUCUGCAGCAGGGUCUGAUGAAGAAUCUGAUGAAAAACAGGACAGCGAGAAACCUGUUGUAUAGCAGAUAUGUUAACAGAGUGAAAACCGAAUCCAGAUUUGCUCAGGACUCGCGAAUUUCACGCUUGGACUAUAAUGCCGC